AUGAUUCUACUGGAGGUACAUAAUCGAAUAAUAGAAGAAAUAUUAACAACGCAAAUAGAGACAUUCUUACGCAAAGAAAAACUUAAUGAAAUAAGAACAAAGAUUGUUGAUUUUGAUGGUGUUUUAUAUUAUAUUAAAAGUUCUCGAGAUAAGCCUUUAACUGUUUCAAUCAAACUGAAGUUUUUUCGUGAUUUAGAACAACAUGGAAUGGAUGAAUUACUUCGUCGUGAAUACGGUGAUUUAUUAGUGGCUCCAGAAGACGAGUACAAUGUGACAUUAUCGAUAGAUUUCAGUACACAAUUACCCGCAGAGGAUUGGCAAGCAUUAGUGAGAAAAGUGGCAAUGUUAAAACGAAAUUGUUUUGCGGCUGUAUUUGAGAAAUAUUUUGAAUUUCAAUCGAAACAAGAAGUUGGUCACAAACGGGCUGUUAUUCAUUAUCGUGAUGAUGAAACAAUGUAUGUUGAUGCAUCGGCCGAUCGUGUCAUUGUUAUAUUUAGUACAGUAUUCAAAGAUUCUGAUGAUAAUAUUAUUGGAAAAGUAUUUAUGGAAGAGUUCAAAGAACGAAGAAGAAAUUUCCAGCAAGCACCACAAGUUUUAGUAAAUUAUCGAACACCACCAGAAGAAUUAAAAGACAUGAAAGAUGCUAGAGUGGGAGACAAUAUUGGCUAUUUGACAUUCGUGUUAUUUCCACGACACACAAAACCAGCUGCACGUGAUAACACAAUAAACUUAAUACAUACACUACGAAAUUAUUUUCAUUAUCAUAUUAAAUGUUGUAAAGCCUAUCUUCACUCUCACAUGAGACAAAAGACAAACGAAUUCUUAAAACGACUUCAAUUAGCUAGACCGGAGGUGAAAAAGAAUUUCAAAAGAGGAGCAGCAGCGGGAGACGGUAUAGAAUGA